AUGGUGCGCACAAUGUUUACUGAUAGAGAGGGUCGUGUUAUACUCGACCAAGGGACUGAUAGAGAGGGUCGUGUUAGACCAACCACUUCUGCAUGGGCUCACUGUGCUCAGCGUGAAUUGCGUGGACAGCGAAGAUUACAGAAUCAACAAGCAGAACAUGCGCAACCAGAAUAUGGGCAAGUAGAAGAGGCCCAAGCGGAUAAAGCCCAACCUGAAGAGGUCCAAGCGGAUGAGGCCCAACCCGAAGCAGAUGACGGAUAUCCUGGUGGUCCAGUUGACAGGUCUGUCCUAAGGACAUAUGGGGAUCAUGUUGCGACACGACUAUGGGACGACGUGGAUCGCGGAGAGUUAAGGGUUUUUAGCAAUGAAAAAAAAUUAAAAGAAGCUGUCAUUGAAAAUCAAGAGGUUGAGGAACUUGUUAAAAGUUCUGGUUUAUAUACAUUGCUAAAAUGCAGCUAUGAGAUGAUCGACCAAGGUCUAAUUUCUGCCUUUGUCGAGAGAUGGCAUCGCGACACCAACAGCUUUCAUCUUCCAAUUGGAGAGAUGACCAUUACUUUGGACGAUGUCUCUUCGUUGCUGCAUAUACCCAUCACCAGUGCAUUCUUCAGCGUCAAUAUAUUUAACAAGGAUGACGUUGCAGAAUUGUUGGGUGAGCUUAUUGGGGUGAGUCUGGCUGAUGCAUAUGCUGAGUUUAACUUGAUGCGGACAACCACUGUUCGGUACAGUUGGUUGCUUGACGUAUACCAUCAGCGAUGUGCUUAUCAGCAUUGGUAG